AUGGCCGGCAAAGGAAGGUACUGCCCGGUCACCCUCGACUCUGCUUCGGAUUCCUCGGGGACGACUUGUACAUUUGAUGAAGCUUGCGUUUGUGCCAACUCCUCUCAUGUAAGGGAGCUGGUGAACGUCAGCCUUGAAGGGCAGCCUUGCUAUGCCUGCGAGCCAGAGAGGCUUCCUGCAUGUACUGAGGCAUCCGACCAGUGCACACCAGAAGCCUGCGAGUGCGGCAACUCCAUGACACAUGUCAGGCAGAAUGCCACCACAGUUGAUGGCGCUAUUUGCUUCUAUUGCGAGCCCCGGAAUGGUUCCUGGCAGUUCGGGCGGAAUGAGGCCGUAGUCGUAGGCAUCCUGAUUCUGAUGCUGGUGCUUUGGAUCUCUGGCCGCCGGCACGCUACAAGCGCGCGUAGCACGCUGCGCCUCCCACGUCGGCAAGGGGAUCGCCACCGAGCCAUCCGUGUUCAGCAGGAGCCGCUGAGGUUCUACGAGGAGAUCUUGCUGACGGUUGGCGACGCCUUUGAUGCCUUGGUGGAUGGCGCAUGGUCACUGGUCGCCUGGACCUGGACCAAGCGAGGAUCUGUGCCGUGCCUUCUGUGCUGA